CCACCCUCCUCCAUGAUCCAUCUUAGCCUCUUCAUAUUUGACGAGCCAGUAUCAAUGUCGAACAGUUAGCGUAGGAGAAAUCGAGCUGUCUUUAACGCCACUGCCAGCUUCACCGCAGCAGGCGUGUGAUGGAGCAUCAAUGAUGGAAUUUCUUCAUCCAACAUAUCAAGUUCUCACUCACACGCAUCAUGAGUAAGUACAUCAUCGUGUUACCGGAUUUGUUCUCUUCUCUCUGUGGAGCCAUGUCACGGUUUGGCUGUCGCUCACCAUGAGGACAAGGGCUAUAUAAACCCAACGUUCAGCGACGGACCAUCGUUUUCCUAAUGUCAGACCAGAGCUUCAGCCAUCCGUCACUCUCCAAUCCCCGUACCCUCGUUUUGUGCUUCGAUGGCACCUCAAGUGAAUACGACGGCGAUAAUACAAACGUCGUCAAGUUCUUUUUGUUGUUAAAGAAGGAUAACUGCGAUGAGCAGCUAUGUUAUUAUCAGGUGAAGAUCCUUUCACAACCAUGUUUGGAGACUCAGUACUAGUAGUGAUCCAAAUUUACCAUCUUCUUUCAACUCUGUCAGGCAGGAAUUGGUACCUAUUUCGACCCGGGCGUCGUGUCGCCACUUCUACAGUGGGGAGCAAUGGUCUUGGAUGAGGCUUUCGCUUGGUACCUCUCAGCACAUGUAGUGGAGGGUUAUAGAUUUAUCAUGCAGAACUACAAGUCCGGUGAUAAGAUUUGCAUAUUCGGAUUCUCUCGAGGAGCCUAUACUGCACGCGCAGUUGGGGGGAUGUUGUUUAAAAUCGGUCUACUCCCUCGAGACAAUUUUGAACAAAUUCCGUUCGCAUAUAAACUGUACAAGAGGACAGACAAGGAGGGCAUCGAACUGGCGGCAGGAUUCAAAGAUACUUAUUGUACAACUGUCACUGUGGAAUUCAUGGGUGUUUGGGAGACAGUUUCCUCUGUCGGUGUAAUCAUGAACAAAACCCUUCCUUUCACGAACUCAAAUACGUCCAUUAAGACGUUCCGCCAUGCCAUAUCCCUUGAUGAGCGACGGGCGAAGUUUAGGGCAAAUCUCUUCCAUCGGCCAAUCGCUUCCGGCAACAUCGCAAACAAGAAAGGUAAUCGCGGUUUGGGCUUGUUCCGGAGAACUAGACGACUUCCGGAGGACGUGGAGAACGAACCGUCAUCGGGAGGUCCAAGUACAGAUGUACUUGAAGUUUGGUUCGCUGGUUGCCAUGGCGAUGUCGGUGGUGGAUCCGUAUCGAACAGCGAGCCCCAUUCCCUCGGAAACAUUUCCCUCAGAUGGAUGAUACGUCAAGUCAUAUUAUCCCAAUGUGGGGUUCUCUUCAAAAACGAAGCAUUGUCGAAGACUUGGGUUGAUUUCCCCCCGACUCCACUCCCCUUUCCUACCAAAGCGAAAGAAUCAUGGUCGGAGAAAGGCAGCACGUCUGAUAAUGGUGUGGCCGAAUCGGACAGGCAGGAUGCUGUGACGCCCCUGCAUGAUCAGUUAAAACUCAAAGGGGGUAAUAUCCUGUGGUGGAUUUUGGAAAUUAUCCCAUUAGACUAUUCGUGGCAGGAUGCGAAAGGUGUUUGGCAUUCGACGUUUAAAGCCAAUUUGGGUAAGGGAAGGAAGAUUGAGGAUGAACAUCCCAAAUUCCAUACGACUGUUAUGGAAAGAAUGAAAACUGAGAGUCUGAAGUAUAGACCUAAUGCUAUAUGGCAGCGCGGAACAGAGGCUUAUGUUGAUUGAUGGUCGUUCAUGAUGGUUGUAAGUGUAUACGGUUUCCAGAUACCCCAACAGACUUUUCCUUCAUGUUUAUGCUGUAGCAAUCUAUUUUAGUGCCAUGAAAGCAAUCUUAACAUUCAAGGAACACUUUGUCUCGC